UUCUUCACUGACGUGUCGAUCGGAACGAUGGGAUGGCAAGUGUUGUUGUUUAUCUCGCUGCUCUCUCUCGGUGUUGUGCACGGGCAAGUCAGCUACUCCAUUCCUGAGGAAAUGGCAAAGGGGGCUUUAAUAGGCAAUAUAGCCCAGGAUUUGGGUUUAGGUGUGGAAAGACUGAAGUCCGGUAAAGCUCGUAUUUAUACUAGUAACACUGAGGAAUAUAUUGAGCUCAAAAGAGAAAGAGGAGUCCUCCUUAUUAAAAGCAGAAUUGACAGAGAAGCGUUAUGCGGUCAAACAAUGCCAUGCGCACUCCAUUUUCAAAUGAUCCUGGAAAAUCCAAUGGAGUUUUUUACGGUUACUGUCGAAAUCACUGAUAUAAAUGACAACCCUCCGACGUUUGAAAAAAGUGAGAUGAAAUAUGACAUUAGCGAAUUAACCCCUUCUGGAGCUCGAUUUGUCUUAGAGAAAGCAAUAGACGAUGAUGUUGGUGUAAACGGCCUGGACAGCUACGCCCUGAAACCAAGCGAUAAUUUCGUUCUGAAAAUCAUCAGCCGAGGAGAUGGGACUAAACAUGUUGAGAUGGUUUUACAGAAACCAUUAGACCGAGAACAACAUGAGCAUAUAUCAUUAAUACUAACCGCUCUGGACAGUGGUGAACCACAGCUUUCUGGGACGAUGCAGAUUAUCAUAACUGUGAUGGACGCAAAUGACAACCCGCCCGUUUGUUCUAAACCGGAAUACAAAGCAAGCGUUACAGAGAAUGCUCCUGAUGGCACUGUAAUAACCACGGUAAGGGCUACAGACAUAGAUAAAGGCAAUAAUGGAAUAGUAACAUACAUGAUUUCAAAAUCUGGAGCAGCAGGUCUCUUUGAAAUCGAUGCAAAGAAUGGGUUAUUGACUCUAACUGGAAAUGUAGAUUAUGAAAAAAGGCGACAUUAUGAACUAGAUGUUAAAGUGGCCGAUCAGGGAGGAUUGUCGGACGCAUGUAAGGUAAUUGUGGACGUGACUGAUAAAAAUGAUAACCCGCCCACCAUUAACAUAAUGUCAAACUCAAACACAGUAUCUGAGAACAUGAAACCGGGAACGGUUGUGACGAUGCUUAAUAUACAAGAUGCGGACUCAAACGAUAACGGGAAAGUAAUGUGUGUUUUAAACGAAAAUAUUCCUUUUGACAUUAAAUCAACAACAAAUAAUUUCUUUACCGUUAUAACCGACAGUGAAUUAAACCGAGAGAGAUCCUCACAGUAUAAUAUAACGGUGACCUGCUCUGAUGAAGGAGUCCCCUCCCUCUCCAGCAGCGUCACUCUCACCUUACAGAUCUCUGAUGUGAAUGAUAACGCGCCUGUCUUUGAGAGGAGCUCAUAUGAGGCCUACAUUGUAGAAAACAACACACCAGGUCCCUCUAUAUUCACAGUGAAAGCCAGAGACGCUGACUGGAACCAGAACGCCCGUGUUUCUUACAUACUGGAGGACUCCUCUGUUAACGGAGUGCCAGUCUCCUCAUAUGUGUCCGUUAGUGCUGAUAGUGGAGUCAUCCAUGCAGUGCGCUCUUUUGACUACGAGCAGAUCAAAGACUUCCACUUCCGUGUCAAAGCGCAGGAUGGAGGCUCCCCUCCACUCAGUAGCAACGUGACUGUGAAAGUACUGAUCCAGGACCAGAACGACAACCCCCCUCAGGUUCUGUACCCAGUCCAGACUGGUGGCUCUCUGGUGGCUGAAAUGGUGCCUCGUUCAGUAGAUGUGGGCUAUCUGGUCACUAAAGUGGUGGCUGUGGAUGUGGACUCUGGACAGAAUGCCUGGCUCUCCUAUAAACUACAGAAAGCCACAGACAGGGCGCUGUUUGAAGUGGGCUUACAGAAUGGAGAAAUAAGAACUAUCCGCCAAGUCACUGAUAAAGAUGCUGUGAAACAAAGACUGACUGUUAUCGUGGAGGACAACGGGCAGCCCUCUCGUUCAGCUACAGUCAUUGUUAACGUGGCGGUGGCGGACAGCUUCCCUGAAGUGCUGUCUGAGUUCACUGACUUUACUCAAGACAAGGAAUACAACGACAACCUGACUUUCUACUUAGUGCUGGCUUUGGCUGUAGUUUCCUUCCUCUUCAUCACGUGUCUAGUGGUUAUUAUAUCAGUUAAGAUCUACAGGUGGAGACAGUCUCGCGUCAUGUAUCACUCCAAUCUCCCUGUGAUUCCGUAUUAUCCACCACGUUACUCAGACACUUUGGGGACAGGGACUCUCCAACACGUGUACAACUACGAGGUGUGCAGGACGACCGACUCCAGAAAGAGUGACUGUAAGUUCGGCGGAGCCGGUAGUCAAAACGUGCUGAUAAUGGACCCCAGUUCUACAGGGACGAUGCAGCGGAUACAGAGUGAGAAGAGCAUCCUGGAUGAACCAGACUCUCCUCUCGAGUGAAAGCCAGAGACGCUGACUGGAACCAGAACGCCCGUGUUUCUUACAUACUGGAGGACUCCUCUGUUAACGGAGUGCCAGUCUCCUCAUAUGUGUCCGUUAGUACUGAU